AUGCGACGUUUACUUUUUUUAGCCUCGCUCUGGGCUUCCCAAUAUGUCCUGACAAUGGCGGAUAUUCUCUCCAUCGCUACUCCCGCCUCUCCAACAGAUACCUCACUGCCUACCAAACCUUUCGGCUCGAAUGAUAUUAAUUCGGCCGUUGUCGUCCCGGUUAUCGUCGCUUCAGUGAGCGUAUUUGUCGCUUUCCUCCUCAUCCUCUGCUUAAAAAUUCCGGUUCCAGAACGCUUCUUACAUCCCGUGAGGGAUGACGAUUCGACUUUAAGCCCCGAAACUUCGCACUGGCGAUUUUCCUGGUUUCAUCGCAAACGUAGAUCGAGACCGACGAUAUGGCCUCAUUCAGUAUACAACGGAGGAGAAUUCGAGUCGGGAAAGUGCGGGGAUCUGGAAAUGCGAGUCAUGGAAGAUAUACCAGGGUUCCCCAGACCGUUCAGAGGUAUACCAUUAUCCCAUCGCGACACGGAGAAAAUUUCGCAAGCGAGGAUGGAGGAGGAGGCAGAAGCUAGGAUUAGAGAGAUGUUGGAGAGAAUGAAUCCAGAAGAUAGGGCGUGGGCGAGCGAACAAUUGAUAUAUGGACAGGCAGAUGAGUUGCGGGACAAAACUAUUGGAGCUCCAUUUUGA